AUGGACCCAUCUCAUGCUCACGUUAUUUUACCGACUAACGCCACAAGUGCUGUCAAUCCACUAGCUGCUACAACUCCCACGGCAGUUGUCCGAAAUACGGUCGUACAGACGAAUCGCGAAGGUGAACCAGUUCAAUAUACAGAAAUCAUAUCAAAGGGAAAAGAACACGAAUCGCAAUCAUCAACAAAAGAUAUGACAACAACGAAAGGUGAUCAAGAUUUAAAGCCAAAAGAAUAUAUCCUGAAGGAAGCUGAUAUUUACAAGCCACUCGCUGUUGUUUCGGACUCGACGCCAGUAACUAACGCAAAUAAUCAAAUUGUUGGCUCAACAGCGUCUGGUAGUUUGACUACGCCAGGUAAAAUUGUUGGUGAUUUGGAAACAGUCGUUGCAGAGCAUAGUAAAGCUAUAGUAGCAGAACCCGUAACAGACAAAGUAACAAAAGGCGAGACAAACGAAACGAAAAAAUGA